AUGGAUCUAUCAUCUCCUCCAUUUACAGUGCAAGUUCUUGAGCCAGACUAUCAUGAGAAGCACAGCAAGCGAAGCGAGACUAGCCUUCUACCGGCCACGAGUCGCGUUAAGGAUGACAUCGUCAUCCCGCAAUCCGACACUGAGUUCUUGGAGAGAGAGCUGCUCGUGAAGCGGCUAAACGACAUUCAUGAUCUCCUCUGGAUCUGUGGCCGUCCGAUGCCGCCUCGGCCACUCCAUCAUCAACGGCUACUCUCUCGCGACAUUGUCAUUUGCGAAGACGUCGCGCUUCACAUGGUCUGGUGGAGGAACCGCAUCUUUUUGAAGCCCCUCCCUCCUUAUCUUCUGGACCCAGACUUCUGGAAAGCCCACGUCGGCAUCACGGCAGAUGCUCAGCACAUUGACGCGUAUCGCGGAAACCUCGAUGCCUGCGCCCGGGGAUUUUUAUUCUCCUACACGGCCUUGAUUGCCUACCGGAGCGACUUUCGGAUCGCCAAAGAAUGCGGUCUGCUCCCAGACGCCAUCAGCUGGGAGGGCUGGAAGGCAUUGGCAGCUCAAUUCCUAGAGAACCACCGCUACGACCGCGUGAACCCUCGAUACUGGUACGGCGAGCUACGUCUCAGCCGACUCAACAAGAUCUACAGCUUCCGAAAAGGAUUCCUCUUCCGCGGCUACUCCAGGGUGGCAUCUCACACCGUUUACGGUGAUCUUCUCCGCGACAACUUUUCCGUGCUGGCCGGUAUCCUCGGUUACGUCGUGGUUGCGCUGUCAGCCAUGCAGGUCGGGCUGAGCGUCGAGAGGUUGGAGGGCAACAAGGCGUUUCAGGAUACGAGUUAUGGGCUCACGGUGUUUUCUCUGAUUGUUCCUUUGAUAGCGGCUGCGUUUAUCUUUUUGUUUGUUCUUGUCAUGUUUAUUAGUAACUGGAGGGCAACAAAGGCGUAUGAGAAGAGGCGACUGAAGGCAAUAGGCGUAGAUCAUUUCUAG